UUAAGUGCAAAAAAGGAAAUAUGAUAAUGAAAAUAAGAUAAAUGCAGCUGUUCUACUAAGAGCGCUUUUCCACUCGAAUCGGAGCAGAUCUAGAUCCCAAAUUCAGUUCGUGCGCUCCCAUCUUUACAUUUUUCGCACUAGGUCAUUAUAUCUGCAAAUGGCGUCAAGGAGACCCAAUGCUUCCCGCCGCUUUGCAGACAGUGGUGUUCCCUUCAUGGGCGCAUUGCAUCACAAGUCUCGUCCAUCUCCUCUAUUAUCUAUAGGACUCGUUGUGGUGGGAGCACUGCUCAUUGUUGGGUAUAUGUAUCAUGGUUCAGGUGGCAGGAGUAGUGAUAUUGCUGCUUUGAAUCGACUUGAGGGUGGGGUUUCCUGUACUGCAGAACUUCAAAGAUUGAUACCUAUCCUUAAGAAAUCAUAUGGUGACAGCAUGCGGAAGGUACUACAUGUAGGCCCGGAAACCUGCUCAGUCGUCUCUCAAAUAUUAAAAGAAGAGGACACUGAAGCCUGGGGUGUAGAGCCAUAUGAAUUAGACGAUGCUGAUGCCAACUGCAAGAGUCUUGUGAGCAAGGGCGUUGUACGUGUAGCUGAUAUUAAGUUUCCCCUCCCGUACAAGCCCAAGUCAUUUUCUCUCGUGGUUGUCUCAGAUGCAUUGGAUUACCUGUCACCGAAAUAUCUUAAUAAGACUGUCCCAGAUUUAGCACGGGUGGCAUCUGAUGGCUUAGUUAUAUUAUCUGGUUAUCCAGGCCAUCAAAGAGCUAAAUUGGCAGAGCUGUCCAAAUUCGGACGUCCUGCCAAGUUCCGGAGCUCAUCAUGGUGGAUUAGGUUUUUCAUCCAAACCAGCUUAGAAGAGAAUGAAGCUGCACACAAGAAAUUCGAACAGGCGGUGAUGAAGCAAUCUUACAAGCCUGGCUGCCAAGUUUUCCACCUUAAACCCUUGCAGUGAUGGAACCAAUCUAGCAUGCCUGCUUCUUAGUUCUUACACUGCUAAGUUAUUGUGUGUUGAAUCUGUUGUACUAUACACACACCAGACAUUGAUAUACUGUUGAAUUCAAAAUUUUGUUCAUGUUUAUUUAGUAUCAUACAAAAUUGUACUCAAAUGUUCUUUAGGUGGACUUGGGAACUCAAAUGUACUUUCUCAUGUUCACUUAAGAAAUUAAUUAAUUAAUGUUUUGCUAA